AUGUCUGGACCCCCAAAUGACUCGUCAAUGGCGCGAUCGGUGUUCACCGGGGGAUCGACUGGAAAGCGCAUGGAACGGACCCCCGUGCGGAACCGCGACAUGUACUUCUCGUCGAGUUUCCGAACCACACGGGACCGGCAUUCGGAUUCGCGCAGCCGAAUAUCGUCCCAAUCUUCCGGUGCUGUCAACAGUUCACGUACCGAGGGGCUUCGUGCUCGCGGACUGUCAUGA